GGAGAUACCUUUCGGGCGCGAAGUAUUACCAACUUGGUCCCUAUCAAGUCGAAUUUAUCUCCAGUCUAUCAAGAUGUUUUUUGCAAAAUCGACCAGCUCUCUCCAAAUCGAGUGCCACAUACUACUGCCGCGAUUGAUUUUCGGCUGAGCCAAGAGAAGCCUGGCUUAAACAAUCUCCGGCCAUCUGGUUGGAUUCAAACUCAACAAUAUGAAUCUUGCGCCUGGCAUGACCCACUUGAUUUGCAUUUAUUUCGACAUUCAAUUCAGGCAGGAUCAGAUGAUAUUACCGAUGCCACAGCCUGCUCUGUAGUAAACUCUGCAUCUACAACACUGUCGCCAAACAAAUCGAGCUACAGUCGACAAAGUAUCGAGUGCAGACUGAGUAGCUCCUCGGGUCAUGCCCCACACAGAUUAAGUAGUUCUAUUUUUCCUCCAGUCGCUCCAUUUAAUGAUCAGAGCAUACACAGUUGUGUUUGUAGAAUCUCUCCAGCUUCUUGUGAUACCCAAUUGGAGAAGGAUUACUCUUUGGUUAGCUCAGCGCUUAACUACAAAUCAUCAAAUUCAGGUGCUAUUCCGAAACAACCGGAAAAGGAGGGGGAGUCAGUGACAGUGGACAUUCUGAAUAAAGCUCCUGGACUUCCUCAACGAAGGUGCCAAAGUGGUGGGAAGCAAGAAACUCUCAAUGUUGAUAGCCACUUAAACGCAAACCUUGGACUGGAUAUCCAAAGUCGAAGGCAGGAGUAUCUAAAAGAUAUGAUGAAUCAACAGGGAAAUGAUAAGGAAAGAAAAGCGACUAUCUCGAGUUGUAACUUAGAGCAAGGUCAAGAGGAUAAUUUGAUCAACGUUCAGCUUUUGGGGGCUCAAGGAGUGGGAAAAACGACGCUCUGUCAUCAAAUAAUUACCUCUGAAUUCCUGGGAGCAAAAACAGACUCAUGUAAGUAA